UGCUGGGCGGUGCUUCACUCUGAGCCCGCCCCUUUCCCUCAGCCAUUCAGAGUGGCUCUGGGAGCUCCCUAGCUUCCUGUCCUUGAGCUCAGGGCUUCCGGUUGGGCCCGCCUCCUUCCGCUCCGACCAAUCCGGGAGGGCCUGCGAGUGGCAUGGCUUCGUUGAGCUCUGGAAACUGAACGCAGCUCAUGCUGAGCGGUAUCGCUACCCGGCUCCCGCUACCCGCGCCGGCCACCAGGCUUCCCAGGUCCUACAGCCAGGUUUCCCGUCGGCCUGCGGGACUCGGCCUCCGAGGGGAAUGGAUUCUUCUUUGGAUGUGUGGACCCUCUGCUCGCCUUUAUUAUCAUUAUGGAUAAACAGGUUUUACAUUUACUUGGGCUUUGCUUUUGGCAUUAGCCUUUGGAUUUGUUUCCAAAUCGCCAUCAAGAAGCAGUUGUUUAUUUUCAAGGCCAAGAACUCCCAGGACAAGUCUGUUCCGAAAGCAACUCAGGAUUUGAUGCCAAAUGGUUUUAUCUCCCUUCAAAAGAAGCCAAUCUUUGUAUCUGGAGUGAAGAUUUUCUACGGUUCCCAGACUGGUACCGCAAAAGGAUUUGCAGCCAUUCUUGCCAGAGCAGUUACCUCCCUGGAUCUGCCUGUGGAAGUUAUUAAUCUGAAAGAGUAUGAUCCAGAUGAUCAUCUGAUAGAAGAGGUCACCAGUAAAAGCGUCUGUGCCUUCCUGGUUGCUACGUACACGGACGGGCGGCCGCCUGAGAGCGCGGAGUGGUUCUGCAGAUGGCUCGAGGAGGCGGCCAGUGAUUUUCGAUUCGGCAAAACCUACCUGAAGGGUAUGAGAUACUCGGUGUUUGGCCUGGGAAACUCUGCCUACCCAAGCCACUUCAACAGGGUUGGCAAAAGCGUGGACAAGUGGCUCUGGAUGCUCGGGGCGCGUCGCGUGCUGGCCCGAGGGGAGGGUGACUGUGACGUGGUGAGGAGCAAGCACGGCAGCAUCGAGGCCGACUUCGCAGCCUGGAAGGCCAAGUUCAUCUCCCGGCUGCAGGUGCUUCGGGAGGGAGAGGACCAAUCCUGCGGCGGCCGCUGCAAGAAAGGCAAGUGCGACUCCAAGCCGCGUGGCUCUCAGGAGCCGGAGCCAGGGUCGCACCUUCCAGAUGGAUCGCGUCCCCGAGAUGCUAAGGAGGAAGAGCCCUGCGAGAGCUCCAGCGAGGGAGAGUUGGGGCCCGACGACCGUCGGAGCCUCGGUUCUGUUGUUGAUGUCGAGGAUCUUGGCAAAAUUAUGAACCGCACGAAGACGGCAAAGAGAGAAAAGGAUCAUCAGGAAGAAAAGACGCGUUUGCUGAGGAGCACAGGGCAGAGCGGGAAGGGCGAGCGCAGAGCUAUGAUCACCCCUGCGCUCCGAGACGCCCUCACUAAGCAAGGUUACCAGUUGAUCGGGAGCCACUCUGGGGUGAAGCUUUGCAGGUGGACAAAGGACUGUGGAGAUCAUAAGCUGGAUGAAGUACAUGCUUACAAAACGAUCAACAAGCCCGGGGUGGUGGUGUCCAUGCUUCGAGGGAGAGGAGGUUGCUAUAAACACACAUUCUACGGCAUCGAAAGCCAUCGCUGCAUGGAAACCACCCCAAGUCUGGCCUGCGCAAAUAAAUGUGUCUUCUGUUGGCGGCACCACACCAAUCCAGUGGGCACAGAGUGGCGGUGGAAGAUGGACCAGCCGGAGAUGAUCCUAAAGGAAGCUGUGGAGAACCAUCAGAACAUGAUUAAACAGUUUAAAGGAGUGCCGGGUGUCAAAGCAGCGCGCUUCGAGGAAGGCAUGAGGGUGAAGCACUGUGCCUUGUCCCUUGUGGGAGAGCCGAUAAUGUACCCGCAGAUCAACAGGUUCCUGCAGCUGCUGCACCACCGCGGGAUCUCCAGUUUCCUUGUCACCAAUGCACAGUUCCCGGAGGAAAUCAGAAACCUGAAGCCAGUUACUCAGCUGUAUGUCAGUGUGGAUGCCAGCACCAAAGACAGUCUGAAGAAAAUUGACCGCCCACUCUUCAAGGAUUUCUGGCAAAGAUUUCUUGACAGUUUAAAGGCCUUAGCAGCAAAGCGACAGCGCACUGUCUACAGAUUGACCCUCGUGAAGUCCUGGAACGUGGACGAACUCCAGGCCUACGCUGAGCUCGUGUCCCUGGGGAGGCCCGACUUCAUCGAGGUUAAGGGUGUCACCUACUGUGGAGAAAGUUCAGCAAGCAGCCUGACCAUGGCCAACGUGCCCUGGCACGAGGAAGUCGUCCGCUUCGUCUGUGAACUGGUGGACCUGAUCCCUGACUAUGAAAUUGCGUGUGAGCACGAACAUUCCAACUGCCUCCUAAUAGCGCACAAAAGGAUAGACCCGAAUUUCAGCGGACUGUUCCUGGCGUGUGAUCGUCACCCACAAAGCGCAGCUCGCCACCGACUCAGGCCGCCAUCUUUCAAGAUUGAUGGAGAAUGGUGGACGUGGAUUGAUUACAACCGCUUCCAGGAGCUCGUCCAGGAAUACGAAGAUAGCGGCGGAUCCAAGACUUUCUGUGCAGAGGAUUACGUGAGUCGAACUCCUCCCUGGGCGUUGUUUGGUGCCAGUGAAAGAGGCUUUGAUCCCAAGGACACGAGACAUCAGAGGAAGAGCAGAUCAAAAAACGUCACAGGAUGUUGAGCUUGUCUGAGUUCAUGCUAAAGGGCGAGGAGGAUGGACCAGAAGGUCAUUGGACUCCCCGUGACUUCCAGGGACAAAUCCUGCCGCUUAGCUGUCACUCGGCCAAGAUACGUGUCCUGAGGCCGCGCUGGAGAGGCAGCACCCGCACUUCGAGUGCCUGGACUCGGCCCCGCGUUUCUCACAGAACUCAGGCCCUUCCUGAUUUUAUUUCUGAGAGGAACAUCGCUUUGGUCAUUAUUGGAACAUAAGUAAUACUUUUUUGAGUUAUAUUUUAGUAAGAUUUCCUAAAAUACUAUUCAUGGGUGCUGUAUUAGGAAUAAAUAGCUGUGCCUCUUCCUCCUCCUGAGCUCUUGGUUUUUCUGUGAAGCAGCCACUAAGCAGUGCCCUGUGGCCGCCCCCCAGCUGAUGUGUCAGGACACCAUCCCUUCCUGAUGCCUUUACAUAAUACCCCGGAAAUAGUUUGUCACAGUUUUCAAAUAUUCUUAAGUACUGUACCAAUUGUUCUAAAGUUCUGCCUUUUACCAACUGUGUAUGAAAUCACUUUGGGUCACACACUGUACUGGAUGCCGCUGUCCCCAUACAAAUUCCAUGGACAGGAUCAGAGCAGAAGCGCUCUCUGGGAGAAAUCGCCUUGCGAUGGUGCCGAGCUCUCUGCCUCAGCGGCGCAGUGUGCAGCGGGGAGUCGGCGCCAGUUGCGAAGCCACGGCCUGGCCCGCACCGCGCGGCGGGCCUCCAUCUUGCUUCACUCCCGUGACCCUCGCUGCUUCUGCAGCCUGUUCUUUAAGGUUCAGAUUGUUUCUAGUUUAAAACAUCAUACUUAAUAGUUUUAUUCUGCUUGUCAAAGUUAUUUUAAAAUCCUUUUAUCCAAAAAAUUAAAUUAAUAAAAGUCUUUCGUAAAGACUU